AUGGGGAACCAGGACGCGAAGCCGAAGAGAAGCGCGGGCGAUGUCCCGCAUGGAGGCGGCGGCGGUGAGGACGCCGCUGGGCCCCGCGAGGCCGAGGGCACAAAGAAGGCGGGCGGGGGCAAGAAGGCGCCGGGCCGGCACGGAAAGGGGGGCGGCGGCGCGGAGCCGGGCCGGAAGAAGAGCCGGUCGGACCCCAGGGCCUCGGUGUUCUCCAACCUGCGCAUCCGAAAGACCCUGUCCAAGGGCAGAGGUACUGGCGGCUCUCGUGAGGAUGUGCUGGACCCCCAGGCCCUGCAGGCCGGCGAGCUGGACAGCGCCCACUCUCUGGUUACCAAAACUCCAGACCUCAGCCUCUCAGCCGAUGAGACGGGCCUGUCGGAUACCGAAUGUCCAGAUCCUUUCGAGGUGACGCGUCCCGGGGGCCCCAGCUUGGCCAGGGUCGGCGGCCCGGCAGUGGCCGAGUAUUCGGAGACCGCGGCGGGGGCGCAGGAUGGACAAAGGACCAGCUCGGGCUCGGACACAGACCUCUACAGUUUUCACUCGGCCGCGGAGCAGGAGGACUUGCUCUCGGACAUCCAGCAGGCGAUCCGCCUCCAGCAACUGCAGCAGCAGUCCCCGGGCCCCGAGUCGCCCCCGGUGUCGCCCCCCUCCACCGCCUCUCUGCCUGAGGCCCUGCCUGGCCUGGACCGACCCUCGCCGGGCCCCAGCGCCGAAGCGGCGCUGUACGCGCCCCCCGACAGGCCCCCGGCCGCAGAGCCGCCCGCAGCCACCGCCUUCGCGUCUCCUGGGUCGGUUCCGGUGGACCGAGGGGCAGCGGACACGGACGAGGAAGGCGAGGAGGACGCCUUCGAGGACGCGCCCCGAGACUCUCCGGGGGUGGAGUGCGGUCUGGCGGCGGGAGAGGCCCCGCGCACACCAGGGGCGACGCGCGAGGAGGGCGCGCCGAAGCCCGUCAUCCCGGUGGCCGCCUCCCCGCCACGCAGUCCAGCUUGCAGCCCGCGUCGCCCCCGGGCCCGCCCUCUCCUGGCGCCCUGUUAUGUCAGGACCACCACCCGGCAGCUCAGCUCGCCAGGGCCCUCCCCGUCUCCGUCCCCCAGCCACAGCCCCCGGGUCCAGAGACGGCCGGAGUCCUCCCUGGGCCGCGGUUCCGGAGCCCCCGCGGCCCCCGCCGCUGCCCCGGCUAGGAAGCCCCGCGCGGGCCGCAGCCGCUCGGCCGACUGGACUGCGGAGCUGGGCCGUGCUCCCGGGGCGGGGGUCUCGGCGCACCUGGUGCAGCGCGGGGCAGGCGGCCUCCAGGGUGUGUUCGCAG